UUAAAAAAGAACAUACGAAAGAAAAAUGUUCAAAACAUCUCAAGAUUAAAAAAGGCAGUCGAGUAAUGGUGACUUUAUUUAAUGUGAAUUUGUAUUUUUACUGAUUUCUGAAUUUCUUAUGGUACUUGACAAAAAACGGAUUAUCGUGUUGUUGCAGAUACAUGAAAUUUAUUUGUCAUUUGAUUAAACAAUUCACCAAUAUGCUAAAAAUCAUAGAUAUUGGAGCUAACUUGACUGACCCAAUGUUUCAGGGUAUCUAUGGUAAUUCAUCUAAACAUCAACCAGAUUUAGAUAUAGUUUUAACUCGUGGUUGGAAUGGAGGUUUGCAGAAAAUUAUCGUUACAUGUGGGAACGUUUCCGACUGCAGCUCUGCCGUUAAUAUCGUCAAUACAGAUGAUCGACUGUUUAUGACUGUUGGUUGUCAUCCAACAAGGUGCAAUGAGUUUGAUCCAGAUCCAGAAGGCUAUUUUCAAUCCCUGUGCAAACAAAUCGAUGAUAACCGAAGUAAGGUAGUUGCCAUCGGAGAGUGUGGAUUAGACUAUGAUCGAUUAAACUUUUGUGACAAAGAGAUUCAGAAAAAGUUUUUUGAACAACAGUUAAAUUUGGCUACAAAUUUUAAUCUUCCGCUCUUCCUACAUUGCCGAAAUGCUCAUAACGAUUUCAUUGAAAUUUUGGUACGAAAUUUGGACAAGCUACCUAAGCGAGGCGUUGUACAUACAUUUGAUGGAACUUUGGAAGACGCUCGAAAAUUGAUCGAGCUUGGAUUUUAUAUUGGCAUCAAUGGAUGUUCGCUAAAAACCCAAGAAAAUUUGAAAAUUGUAUCUGAUAUUCCAGACGAUAAAAUUAUGAUAGAAACCGAUUCCCCUUGGUGUGAAAUUCGACCUUCGCAUGCUGGUUCUAAGUUUGUGAAAACUAAGUUACCAUGUGUUAAGAAGAAAGAAAAGUGGGAAAAGAAUUCCUUAAUUGCGGGUCGGUGUGAACCUGUAAUGAUUAUACAAGUCUUAGAAGUGCUAUCAGGUGUAAAAAAACAAUCAGUAGAAAAUUUAGCUAAUAUAUAUUACAAUAAUACGUUGAACAUGUUCUUCAAUUAGCAAGAAAAAUACAAAUAUUUGCAGUUAUA